AUGGAAUCAACUUUCAUGUCGAUUAAACUGUUAAAUCUUGAUGAUUUGGUGAAACUAAUAGCGAAUAGCAUUUUCCAACAAAUUGAUCCUAUCGGUGAUAAAGCUCAACAUAUUAGUAAUACAAUUGUUUCCAUAAUUGAAGAUCGCAUAAAAGUAAAUGUAUUUGAUGUACGCGAUUGGUUUGACGCAAAUCUAUUUAUACUGCUGUUUUUAGCGAUAAUUUUUCUCAUGCUUGUCUUUAAAUUGCUUGAUCAAUUAGAUAAUUUAAUGACUAAAUAUGAGUUUUCUUCUGGCAAACGUCAUUUUACUGGAUUGAUGCUUAUCACAGGUAUUUUUAUUUGGCUAUUUAUUGCUGUAAUAUUUUGGGCAUGCUCAUCGGCCGAUGGAAUUAAACUUGAAACACUGAAAUAUAUAUUGGUUGGAUGUACCAGUUUGGCAAUGGUAUGCAUCAUAUUCGUUUGGAUCCGAUGGUUAUUUAUUCAUCGAUAUCGUAUUCAAACUUAUCUGAGAGAUGAACUGUUUGAUUUCAACGAAAAAAAAAGAUUAUCAAUGGAAAUAGGACUGACACAGAUUCAACUGACCAAUAAUUCGAAGAUGGCAAAUACAACCAAUUAUUCUGAACCAAAUUUGUGA